AUGCAGUGGUACUUAGUCGCUACGCUUCUCACCGUUCUCACCAGUUCUCAGGGAAUACUAACAUCCCUCUCGCAAACCAAUGGAACGUAUAAGUAUGAUUAUGCAACUGUACCAUUUCUCGCUGAGGUUUUUAAGCUUGCUGUGUCAAGUUUGUUACUUUGGAAGGAAUGUCAAAAAUCACCUCUUCCAAAGAUGACAACAGAGUGGAAAACAGUUUCUCUGUAUCCGAUUCCGUCUGUUAUAUAUCUCAUUCAUAAUAAUGUUCAGUUUGCUACCCUCACUUUUGUCGACACUUCCACUUAUCAGAUAAUGGGUAAUUUGAAGAUUGUUACUACUGGAAUAUUAUUCAGGCUUUUCUUGGGGAGGAAGCUUUCCAACUUGCAGUGGAUGGCCAUUAUGCUGUUGGCGGUUGGAACAACCACAAGUCAGGUCAAGGGCUGUGGAGAGGCUUCCUGUGACUCCCUUUUCUCGGCACCAAUUCAGGGUUACAUGUUAGGAGUUCUAUCUGCUUGUCUCUCAGCAUUAGCUGGAAUUUAUACUGAGUUUUUGAUGAAGAAAAACAACGACACCUUAUACUGGCAGAAUAUACAGUUGUACACGUUUGGUUCAAUUUUCAAUCUGGCAAAGCUUAUUGUGGAUGAUUUCAGAGGUGGCUUUGAAAAUGGGCCCUGGUGGCAUCGCAUUUUUAAUGGAUACACUGUCACCACCUGGUUGGUGGUAUUAAAUCUAGGGUCUACCGGUCUUUUGGUUUCAUGGUUAAUGAAACACGCUGAUAAUAUUGUUAAGGUCUAUUCCACAUCCAUGGCAAUGCUGCUUACAAUGAUUCUAUCAACAUUCCUCUUCAGUUUCAAACCUACAUUGCAGCUGUUCUUGGGAAUUAUUAUUUGUAUGAUGUCUUUACACAUGUAUUUUGCCCCACCAAAUAUGCUCUUAGAUAUGCCAUUAACAGUUAAACCUGAUGAAGAAGAGAGGCUCAUUGAAGUUUCUGUUGAUCGGAGAACACAUUCAUGA